CGUCGCCACCGCUCCUGCCUCAGUUUCUCCAUUCGUCGUCCGUUCGUCCGUCGUUAGGAGCCGCCCAGCCCCCAUGUUGCCCCUCGAAACCGUCGCCACCUUCGGGCCGUGAGGGCUGAGCACCAGGCGUGGGGACGGGCCCGGGCAGCGUGGGAGCACCGCCGCAGCCGCCCCCAUGGAGGAGGACCGAGAUCUCACCGAGCAGCAGCCUACGGUGAAGAAGGCCAAGAUGCAGGAGUCGGGGGAGCCGGCAUUAAGCCAGGGGACCCUCCCCGACGCCAACGAGCAGAAAGUGGAGGGCCCCGGCCUCGGCUCGGAUGUCACCAUGGCGGACGGAAUUCUGACCUGCACCGACUACCUCCCGCGCCCGGCCAGCGACUACUCCUCGCAGCUCUACUCUGCCAAACCGUACACGCAUAUCCUUUCCGUCCCCGUGUCCGAGACGCUGACCGCCUACUCCGGCCAAACCCAGUAUCAAGCCCUGCCACAGUCCCAGCCCUAUACGGUGUAUCCGCAGGCCACCCAGAGCUACGGACUACCUCCUUUCGCUCCGAGCCCCAACGCCAGCCUAGUCUCUGCCUCUUCCACCGCCACCGCUGCUGCCAACGUGUCCGCUGUCGCCAGCAUCUCCAGUCAGGACUACCCCACGUAUACCAUCCUGGGUCAGAACCAGUACCAAACCUGCUAUCCCAGCCCUAGCUUCAGCCUCCCGGCACAGACGAGCAGCAGCAGCGCUGAGACGGCGCCACUUGCUGCCCCCAUCUACCAGGCUGGGAAACCCGGCGGCAUUGCUCCCGCACCCACGAACCAGCGGCUCUCCUCAGGGGACCCUGCAGCCAGCCCGUCCUUGGCUAGGGCCGCCCCCAGCAAGGAAGCAGAUGAGCAGGCCAGGAAAAACGUGGCCGGGAAGAACCGGGGCAAGAGGAAAGCCGACGCCACAGCCUCCCAGGACAGCGAGCUGGAACGGGUGUUCCUGUGGGAUCUGGAUGAGACCAUCAUCAUCUUCCACUCCCUGCUCACCGGCUCCUACGCCCAGAAGUACGGGAAGGACCCGACGGUCGUCAUCGGCUCGGGCCUGACCAUGGAGGAGAUGAUCUUUGAGGUGGCCGACACGCACCUGUUCUUCAACGACCUGGAGGAGUGUGACCAGGUACAUGUGGAGGACGUGGCCUCGGACGACAACGGACAGGACUUGAGCAACUACAGCUUCUCCACGGACGGCUUCAGCGGCGGCGCGGGGGGCCCGGGCCCCGGGGGCGCGGUGGGCGUACAGGGCGGGGUCGACUGGAUGAGGAAGCUGGCUUUCCGCUACCGCAGAGUCAGGGAGACCUACGACAAGCACAAGAGCAACGUGGGCGGCCUCCUGAGUCCCCAGCGCAAGGAAGCCCUGCAGCGACUUCGAGCUGAAAUCGAGGUUUUAACGGAUUCCUGGCUGGGAACGGCCCUCAAGUCCUUGUUGCUCAUCCAGUCCAGGAAAAACUGCGUGAACAUUCUCAUCACCACCACCCAGCUGGUACCCGCCCUUGCCAAGGUCCUACUGUACGGCCUGGGUGAGGUGUUCCCCAUCGAGAACAUCUACAGCGCCACCAAGAUUGGGAAGGAGAGCUGCUUUGAGAGGAUUGUGUCACGCUUCGGGAAAAAGGUGACCUACGUGGUCAUCGGGGAUGGCCGUGAUGAGGAAAUUGCUGCCAAACAGCACAACAUGCCUUUCUGGCGGGUCACGAACCACAGCGACCUCGUCUCCCUCCACCAGGCCCUGGAGCUUGACUUCCUGUAGGACAGGCACACCCGGUCCCCCAGCCCCUCCGUUACCAGUCCACCUUCCGCCAGGAUCCGGUCCUUCCCCGGCGUCUGGCCGGUGGCUGGUGCCUGCAGAUUGGCUGGGGGCACGGGGUUGGUGUGCCUCCAUGUACGGGGGAGGGCCGCUGGGGCCCGGAGCAGCCGCCAUCCUCUCUAAUGACCACAGUCCAGCUGUCGGCAGAGUGCCAAUCACUGGUCUUCUCCAGCUCGUCCUGCCGCUUUCACACUGAUAGAGGCCUCGGGCGCUCUCAGGCCGGGCCUGGCAACCCUUCGGGCCACACUUGCCACCCCACCGGCCACAGCCGUGGCCACCGUCCUACGGGGCAGGGGCAAUGUGUGUGUGAAGGGUGGGGGCUGUAUGUGGCUGGGGAAGGGCUGGCCUCACCCGCCUCCAUCCCCCUCCCUACCCUGGUUCUGCUCAGUGCGGUCCUGGCCGUGGAAGCUUGGCUGGGGGUCGGCCCCGCUCUCCCGAACCUGCUCGAGCAUCCCCCCGUAAUCCCCUGUGAUCUGCUUCCACUCCCGGGCAGGCCGUGCUUGCGGGGUGGGCUCCGGGGGCCUGCAGCGGACAGUGCCCCGGACCUGCUCUAGAUUCCGUCCUGCGACAGAUGGGGCUGACUCUCCCUGCGGGGGAGUUUGGUGGCAGAGGGUUGGGGAGCUACUCUCCAGGUAACCCUGCCCCGUUCCUGCCCGUUCCCACUCCUCCCAGGAGCUGCCCACCGCCACACACGCUGACGGGCCCCCGGCCGCUCCCGUGAGCCGCAGCCUGCAGGCUGCUUGACUUCCAGUUGUGCAACUGUGCCUUAGCCCUCCAUCCUACCUUGUCGGCUCUGUGCCGGCGACUGUUUCCACCCUGCUCCCUUGACCACCGUGAGAGGCGGGGCAGGGGCCUCCUCCCCGGAACACUUGUGAGUACGCAGGGACCCCCAACCCGGCGCUCGGCCUCUGCCGUCCUCUCGCUUGGCUUGCUGGUCCUCCCCUGGGCCGGAGGUGGGGGAACUACCUGCCACCCCGUCCCUGGCUGACUCCACCUCUUCCCAUUUGCUGCCAGCCCUAGGGCUGGGCCCCGGUCCAUGGCUAGAAACUGGAUUCCCCUGGCCUGAGGUGCGAUGCGGGGGCGGGCAGCGCGCCAGGCGGGGCGGUGGUGGGUGUAUUUAUGUGACCCGGGCAUUUGUGGCAGUUGAGAACAGAACCGCGAUGUUCUAUGUAACGGGAACUGUCUUCACU